CGUUAGUGGCAAUUGGAUCUAUAUUCAAUUUUGUGGAAAUCACCCUAAUUUUACGUCGAAAUAUCUUACCAGUCUGUAGAUGAGACAUCUUGCUGCUUACCUGAUGCUGAUGAUCGGUGGAAAUGAGAAGCCCACUGCUGAGAACAUUAAGUCCGUUUUGGAAGCUGUUGGUGCUGAGGCCGAUGACGAGAAGAUUGAGAAGCUCCUGGCCGAUCUCGAUGGAAAGAACGUCGAGGAACUGAUCAAGGCUGGACUUGAUAAGCUCGUUUCUAUUCCUACCGGAGGUGCUGCUGCUCCCGCUGCUGGAGCUGCUGCCCCUGCUGCUGAGGAGAAGAAGGAAGAGGCUAAGGAGGAAGAAGAGGAGGAAGAGGAAGAUAUUGAUAUGAGCGGAGGCGGUCUCUUCGGUGAUGAUGACGACGACUGGUAAACAUACAGCCUCAAAGUUGUUUCCUCUUAAGUCAAAUCAGUU